AUGUCCUUGAGCCCAAAGCACUCAACCCCUUUCUCAGUGACAGAUAUUUUAAGCCCGAUCGAGGAGACCUUUAAAAAGUUUGCAGGCAUGGACAGCACACCAAACCUCGCCUCUCCCCUUGGUGCGUACCGGCAACCUCAAGUGUCUCAACCCAGCAUGCAGCAACACAGCAUGGGUCACAACGCCGCGGUAGCGACGAGCUAUCAUAUGCCACACAACGUGUCUCAGUUCUCACACACUAUGGGAGGAUACUGCAACGGGAGCAUCGGUAACAUGGGCGAUCUCCCGUCAUACCAAGAAACCAUGAGGAACGGCGCAACAGCAACGGCUUGGUACGGCGCAAACCCAGAACCUCGCUACCCAGCAAUUCCCAGGUUUAUGGGGUCAUCCACUGGUAUGAAUAUGGGGACACUGACAGGGAUGGAUGCUAAAUCAAUGGUGACUUUACACGCUGCGCCAAGAAGAAAACGGCGCGUUCUCUUUUCUCAGGCCCAGGUGUACGAGCUAGAACGGAGAUUUAAACAACAGAAAUACCUCUCGGCGCCCGAACGAGAACAUCUAGCCAGCAUGAUCCAUUUGACGCCGAAUCAGGUCAAGAUUUGGUUUCAGAAUCACAGGUACAAAAUGAAACGCCAAGCGAAGGACAAGGCGGCGCAGCAGUUGCAACAGGACAGUGGAAACUUGUGUUCCCAGCAACAGUCACCGAGACGAGUGGCCGUUCCUGUGCUGGUCAAGGACGGCAAGCCCUGUCAGAACGGUUCUAACACACCGACAUCGGGGCACCAGCACGUACAGCAGCAUCAGAAUAGUUCCACGGGCGUAAUGGCAGCAGUCGGGAAUCAUCAAAACCAAACAGUCGACACGUUAGCGUCUGCUGACGACCUGGAAGAAAUGUCACCCAGCCCGCCUAUUCUCCACGGCCAGAUUAACGGUUUGUCUCAAACGGACGCCGCACUCAUCGAAUACACCACUAACAUGGUCAGCUCGAACCUGCUUUACGGCAGAACUUGGUAGGCUGAUAUUGGAGGACACCCCCGCCCCACUUCUGCGAUGAAAUGAACUGAAUUGCACGUUAUGGAAGAUCACCUCAAAA